AUGCCCACCCCCUCGGACGCGAAGAACCGCCCGCAGCUGACGUACGCGAUCGGCGACCACGUCGAGUGCUGGUGGCAGCCGGAUGCGCAGCGGCCGGGCCAGUGGCUGCUCGGCGUCGUCACGGCGCGCUGGUGGCGGGCGCCGCACUGGCCCGAAGGCCGGUACGCGCCGUACCAGGUGCGGCUGCAGGACGGCUCGCUCAUCUACGCGCCGAACGAUUCGGGCCAGUGCAUCCGCGAGGCGGCGCCACAGCUCGAGGGGCAGCCCGCCUUCGCCGCAUCGGCAGACGCGAUGGGGACGAUGCUCGUCCCGCCGCCGCCGGAGCCGUCUGAGGUGGCGUGGCGCAAGGCAAAGACGCCGAACGGCGAGACGUACUGGUUCCACCCGGUGACCAAGGAGUCGCGCUGGGACGAGCCGCCGCCCGAGGGGAGAGACUCGCACGCGCACGCCCACGCACACGCCCACAGCGGCGGCUGCGGGGCGGCGGAGAGCACGCAGCUCCCGGAGAAGGGCCGCACCCUGCUCAUGGCGGCGGCGCACGGCCCCCGCGGCGCAGCGCUCGUCCCUCCUCUCGUCGCCGCUGGCGCCUCCCUCGACGCGCGAGACGAGCACGGCAGCCUCGUCGCAGCAGCGGCGGCGUACCGCCCGCGGGCGGCGCGAGCGCUGGUCUCGUCCACCCUGGCAUCGGCCUCGCCGCCGCCGCCAUCGCAGCAAAGGCGUCGCGCCGCCGGCCUGCUGCUGCUGCUCAUCAGCCAGCAGGGUGCGGGCCACGCCGGCGUGCUGCAGCUGCUCGGCGAGCCCGCGGAGGCUGAGGCCGAGUCCGAGGGCGGCGGCGAGGGCGGCGGCGCGCCUCCGACGCCUCCUACUCAGGCGGCCGGCCAGCAGGCGGCCAGCCCGCAGCAGGCGGCCGGCCUGCGUUGGCUCUCGUCGGCGGCGGCGCACGAGCUCGCCCUGCAGCUGGGCCCCGCCGUCGCGCAGCUGACCAGCACGGCUGCGCGCAAGGCGCCCGCGGUGCUGCCCGCCGAGCUGCUGCGGGGCGCCGGCCUCGCCGACCUCGUCCGCACGUGGCUGCAGCAGGGCGGCAGCGCCGACGCGUGCAGGGCGGGGAGGCGGGGGUCGCUGCUUCACCUCGCGGCGGCGGACGGCGACGAGGGCUGCGCCGAGGCGCUUAUCAAGGCGGGCGCCGCGAUCGAGGCGAGCGACGACGACGGGCGCACCCCGCUGCUCACCGCGGCGAUGAACGGUCGGCCUGGCGUCGUGAGGGCGAGACGCGAGGCGCGCGACACGGGCGGCCGCUCGGCGCUGCAGCUGGCGGAGGAGGGUGGCCACGCUGCGGUGGCGGUGCUGCUGCGGGGCGGCAAGCGCGCCGCCGCCGCAAGCAAGCAGGCGGCCGCCAAGGACGCGGGGAAGGAGGGAGGCAAGGAGGGAGGCAAGGAGGGAGGCAAGGAGGGAGGCAAGAGGGGGGGCGGCAAGCCCGCCCGAAAGGGGGACGCCGCGGCUUCGGGCGGCGAGCGGGCAGCCUCUCCGGCCAAGCCCCACUCGGCCGAGAAGCCCCCCUCCGCCGCCGCUGCGCCCGCGCGCUCCGCGCCGCCUCCGGAGCUGAUCACGCGGCUCGGCGGUCCGGACGGUAAGCAGCCCGAGGUUGACUCCGAGUGGGAGGAGGGGCUGGCCGCGUGGCUCUCUGCGGGCGGCGCCGUGGACAACGUCGAGCCGAUGACGGGGCGGAACUUGCUCAUGUUUGCGGCGCAGGAGGGGCAGCAGCGCGCCGUCGCCUCGCUGAUCGGCGCGAAGGCGACGCCGAACGUCGUCUCUGCGGCGGGCGCGGUGCCCGGCGGCCGGCCGGGCUGCUCUCCGCUGCUGCUCGCCGCCGCCGGAGGCCACUCCCGCGUGAUGCAGCUGCUGCUCGAGGCCAAGGCCACGCCCGACCCGCCGCCGCUUUCCGCCAGCGGCAACGUCGGCUGGUCCGCGCUCCACGCCGCCGUCGACCUCGGUUCGGCGGCCUGCGUGCGCCUCCUCCUCGCCGCCGGCGCGCGCACCGACAUCCUGCACCCGCAGUCGGGCGCCGCCCCUAUCUCGGCCGCUCUCGCAAACGGCAAUGUGACUUGCGCGAUGCUGCUCGAGCACCCCAACCGCGCCGGUAUCAAGGCCGCGCUGGUCUGA